AUGAUUGCCGAGGUCGCCGGCAUGAGCCUGUGGUUCAUGUCAGCUGCGAUCCUGCCGGAUCUCACGCGGGAAUUUGCAAUCUCCGAAACACGGCAGGCAGCGCUUUCAAGUGCUGUCCAGAUCGGGUUUGUCGUCGGUGCACUCGCGUCGGCGCUCCUGGGUCUUGCCGACCGGAUCGACCCGCGGCGACUGUUUGCCUUUUGCGCAAUCACGGCAGCGCUUUUCAAUGCGAGUCUUCUGGUUGUUGAACCCGGCGGCUUGGUGUCGAUCUUUGCACGGUUCGCGACAGGUGCCCUGCUCGCCGGUGUCUAUCCGGUCGGCAUGAAAAUCGCCGUCGGCUGGGGCCAGAAGGACCGGGGUUUUCUCGUCGGCACGCUUGUCGGCGCCCUCACCCUUGGCUCCGCCGCGCCGCACCUCCUGGCGCUUCUGGGAGGAGCAGACUGGCGCUGGAGCCUGAUCGUUGCCUCCAUUGCGUCUGCUGCCGGUGGGGCCCUCUGCCUCUUUGCAGCACUCGGUCCCUUUCAUGCCAAGGCACCGCGCAUGAAAAUCCACGCGAUCUUUACCGCCUGGACCGACCGGAAAAUCCGCUACGCCUAUGCAGGAUAUCUCGGUCAUAUGUGGGAGCUCUAUGCCAUGUGGGCCUGGAUCGGCGUUGCGCUGACGCUGUCGUUCUCCGCACACAUGCCCGAGAGCGAUGCUGUUUCCCUGUCCCGCCUGAUCGCCUUUCUGACGAUUGCUGCCGGGGGCGUUGCCAGCGUCAUCGCCGGCAUCGUUGCCGACCGGGUCGGCAAGGCAAACAUCGCAAUCCUCGCCAUGAUUGUCAGCGGAUCCGCCGCCAUCGCAUCAGCCAUCACAUUCGGCGGCCCCGUCUGGCUGACGAUCCUGUGCGUUUUGAUCUGGGGCGCGGCGAUCCUGCCGGACUCAGCCCAGUUCUCCGCGCUCGUCGCCGACUAUGCUCCGCCCGAACAGGCCGGCAGCCUGAUGAGUUUCCAAACUGCGCUUGGCUUCGCGCUAACGUUUUUCACGGUCCAGCUCACACCACUCGGGGCGGAGCUUAUCGGCUGGCCCGGCAUGUUCGCCCUGAUGGCGAUUGGUCCCGCGCUCGGAAUUUUGGGCAUGUUGCGGCUGAAGCGGAUCAGUUGA